UGCAAACAUGUAAACAAAUACCGCCGGACUCUUUUGGCGCGAAUGUGAAGGAAAUGAAUCUUCCUGUUUUUUAUGUUCGGUCUUGUUUCUGAAUCGAAAAUAAAAUCAAAAGAUAUUGGAGGCCAAAUAAAGUUAAGAUAUUUCAACUUAGAAAAUGCAGUUUAACACAAAUAGGCAACGAAGACAACAGUCUUUAUCUGGGAAACUUGAGAAUUUGUACCCUUUUUCCUUGCAAUUUUAUAAAUUUCCACCAACAGAUGUCAUCACAUUAGAGGAAUUUGAAGAUUUGGCCUUGGAAAGGUUAAAAGUGUUAAGGCUUAUUGAACGAGCUGGUGCUAAAUUCAACAAAACCUCCAAUGAGUAUCGAGAAAUGAUUAACAAUGAAUUAAAAAAGUCUUCUCUUUCUCAUUAUACAAAAAUUACAAAUCCAAAUGCCCAAGAAGAAGAACAAAAAUGUAUUCUAGAGAGAAGAAGGGAUCACAUUUCUCAUUUUAUACUUCGUUUAGCAUAUUGUCGUAGAGAAGAUUUGCGUCGAUGGUUUAUUACUCAAGAAGUUGAUCUAUUUCGGUAUCGUUUCAUUGGAGAGCAUACUAAAACUAAAGCCAAAUUUAUGAAGUUCAAUGACUUAAACUAUGAUGAAAUCACAAGUGAGGAAAAGGAACAGUUGAGUUCGAAAUUGUACUUAGGUUUUAACCAUUCAAUAACUAAAGUUUUGGCUUCAAAGUUUUAUAAGGUCCCUUUUACGGAAGUUUUAGAUCUCAUAAAAAACCGUAAAGUAUAUUUGGAGAGAGGAUCAGCAUAUAUCCCUGAAGAGGAUCUAGUUGUCACUGUUGUGUCAGCAUAUAGAGCCCAUCUUUCACAUGCAUUAGCUGUUACUUCAAGGGCAUUACCUCAGUUGGAAGAAGAUACUCGUCUUAUAAGCAUGCUAAGUACUUUGCAUCAGCGUUAUAUUGGAACUGAUUAUAGCAAUAAGAAGGCUAGUUUCACAGGCGAAAUAACUCCUGAUCAGAUAGAUAAUCUUUCAAAAGUGGCAUUUCCUUUAUGUAUGAGGAAUUUGCAUGAGACAUUAAGAAAAAACCAUCAUCUGAAAUAUAAUGGAAGAUUACAAUAUGGCCUGUUCCUUAAAGGAAUUGGUUUGUCAUUAGAUGAUGCAUUACGCUUUUGGCGGGAAGAAUUUACUAAAGUUAUGGACAGUGAUAAGUUUGAUAAACAAUACACCUACAACAUCCGGUACAAUUAUGGAAAAGAAGGAAAGAGAGCUAACUUUUCUCCUUAUAGUUGCGUCAAAAUCAUCACAUCCAAUGCUCCAGGCCCUGGUGAACAUCAUGGUUGUCCAUUCAAGCAUUCAGAUCAAAGCAAUUUAAAGCAGAGGCUACAGAAUUUGCAUAUUAGUAAAACUGGUAUAGAAAAUAUUCUUGACUUAACUACACGAGGACACUAUCAAAUAGCUUGCACUCGAUUUUUCGAACUCUCCCACCAAGAAACAUCUAUUGAUCAAGGAAUUAGCCACCCUAAUCAGUAUUUUGAAGAAAGUGAAAAGAUUAGGAAAGGAAUUAAAAAGGAACGAGCUCCUGCUAAGCCGAUUCCAAAGUUACAAUCUAGUUUAUCAAGUGAUAAUGCCAGUCAAACAUCACAAACAAAAGGUAUAGAUGAUUUUGAAGAAAUGGAUGAUAUUGAAGAAGUUCUAAGCUGCUUGACUGGUAUUGAAUAAAAAGCAAAUUUGAAGCUCUAAUUUAAAUACUUCUGAGCUUUUUGUAAAUACUAUUAUUGUUCUAUUUAUUUUUUACUGGAAUCUUUUGACUUAUUUUUGAUAAUUCCAAUUUACUUAAAAUGAAGCCUUUUAUAAUUUUACUUAAAAAAUAAAUAGCCUGGGAAUCAGAUAACACAUGGAAAAUGUGUUAUUGGUUUUGAUUUCUGUUUCGGACAUUCAGUGUUACACAUGUAAAUAUAUAUAGCUGUAUUUUUUUUAUUAAUGAUAAAAUGGAUUGGUUACCAGGCUUUGAUAGUAUAUUGUAUGUGAGUAAAUUAAAUGUAGUAUUGUA